GUGAAAGAGACGGGGAUCGUUCCGCGGAAGCAUUAUAAUUCAUUUUGUUCGGAUUUCUCUUAUCAAGACAGAAAUCUGUUUUUGCACCAUUUAGUCCUUUAUGCCUAAUGUGGAUGCAAAGAAAGAUGCGCGCGUUGGACAGAUGGAGCUCUGUGCGGAUGUAUUUGUUUUUCGUGCUGCUGGAGUGUGACUGGGAAGCUGCGAGCGGCCAGCUCUCUUAUUCGGUGGCGGAGGAGGUGAAUGUGGGGACUUUUGUGGGAAAUAUUGCCAAGGAUUUAAGCUUGAAUAUUCUGGAUUUGGAGUCCCGCAUGUUUCAGAUCGUUGCAGGAACGAAAAGGAAGUACUUUGAGGUAAACCUAAAGACUGGCGUCCUCUUUGUUAAUGAGAGAAUAGAUCGAGAGGAACUGUGUGGAGAUGAAGUCAAAUGUUCACUCAGUGUAGAAGCUGUCAUUAACAAUCCAUUAAAAUUACACCGUAUUGAAAUUAUAAUAUUAGAUGUAAAUGACAAUUAUCCAUUGUUUUCUAGUCAUGUAGAGGUUCUUAACAUAAGUGAGACUACACCAAUAGGAUCAAAAUUUCCUCUGCACCCUGCUCACGACGCAGACGUAGCUAAAAAUAAUGUCAAUUCAUACAAGCUCAGCCCAAAUGAACACUUUUCUCUUGACGUACAAAGAGGCGAUAGUGUGACUCCUGAGUUAGUGCUUCAGAGGCUGUUAGACCGAGAAAAACAGGCCAUCAUCAUCCUCACGUUGACUGCUAUUGAUGGAGGAACACCACCAAAAUCAGGCACAAUGACUAUUGUUGUGAAUGUACUCGACAUUAAUGAUAAUAUUCCAAUAUUUAGUCAAAGUCUCUACAAAGUUAGUCUACAUGAGAACGUUGAGAUUGGCACAUCAAUAAUAACAUUAAACGCUACUGAUUUAGAUGCGGGGCAAAAUGGAUUAGUGUUCUACUCUUUUAAUGCAGGCGGGAGAGAGAAGCAAACGAAUAUGUUCUCUAUUGAUGAAAAAACAGGGACAGUAACAAAUAAGGAAAACAUUGACUUUGAACAAACAAAUGCAUUUGAACUUCGAGUACGAGCCAGUGACGGAGGGGGUUCUCCCUUAACUUCUCAUGCCAAAUUGCUAAUAGAAGUUUUAGAUGUCAAUGACAACGCCCCAGAAAUUUCAGUGACAUCUUUAUUGAGCUCAGUGAAAGAAGAUGCAACGAUUGGCACGGCCAUUGCCAUUGUCUCUGUGUUAGACAAAGAUUCUGGUAAAAAUGGUUUGGUGAACUGUAAAAUUGAUACAGAUGUGCCUUUCAAACUUGAGUCAAAUUACAAGAACUCCUAUUCUUUGGUUGUUGGUGGUCCUCUUGACAGAGAGAGCAUAUCUGUUUACAAUAUUAGCAUUAUUGCGAUGGAUGAAGGUUCUCCACCUCUAUCCAGCACAAGUGUUAUAAAUGUGCAUAUCUCAGAUGUUAAUGACAAUGCACCUCACUUCUCAGAGCCUCUCAUUAAUGUUUAUAUUAGAGAAAAUAGUCAACCAGGGGCAGUAAUACAUCGAGUGACUGCACUGGAUAAUGACAUUGAUCAAAAUGGGCAUGUGACUUACUCAUUUUCACCAAGUAGGACUCAGUCUGUGCCAAUAACUACGAUGAUAAACAUCAAUGCAGAGAGUGGAGACGUUGUGAGUUUGCAAUCUUUUGACUAUGAGAAGUUAAAGACAUUUCAGUUUAAAGUCCAGGCCACAGACUCUGGUGUUCCUCCACUCAGUAGCAACGUGACUGUCAACGUUUUUAUCCUGGAUGAGAAUGACAACAGUCCGACCAUUUUGGCUCCCUAUUCUGAGCAUGGCUCCGUCAACAGUGAGAGCAUCCCCUAUUCUGCUGAGGCGGGCUACUUUGUGGCCAAGAUCAGGGCAGUGGAUGCAGACUCUGGCUACAAUGCGCUGCUCUCCUAUCACCUGUCUGAGCCCAAAAGCAACAACAACCUCUUCCGGAUCGGAACCAGCACCGGGGAGAUUCGCACCAAGAGGCGAAUGAGUGACAAUGACCUGAAAAGUCACCCUUUGGUGGUGUCGGUGUGUGAUAACGGAGAAGCCCCCCUGUCAGCGACUGUGUCUCUUGAUGUGGUGGUGCUUGAAAGCACAGCUGACAUCCACCACACUCAGUUCAGACACGUGCCCAUCAAGGAAGAGAGUUUCUCCGACUUGCACUUGUACCUGCUCAUCGCCAUUGUGGCUGUGUCGCUGGUCUUUCUGCUCAGCUUGGUCACUUUAGUGGCCUUCAGAUGCCAUAGACAGACAGACGGACAUUUCGACAGGUACAGCGCCCCGAUGAUCACCACCCACCCUGAUGGGAGCUGGUCUUACUCCAAAGCGACUCAGCAGUACGACGUGUGCUUCAGCUCAGACACGCUCAAGAGUGACAUGGUGGUUUUUCCCACACCCUUUCCGCCUGUAGAAGCAGAACUGAUCAGUAUUAAUGGAGGGGACACCUUUACCAGGACUCAAACUCUUCCUAACACUGAAAAGGUAGGAUAAACGUUUGUUUGUACUUUCCGAAUUGCUUUAUUAUGUCACUCUAGUCUUCACUCAAAA